GUUGAUGUUAUCUGGGAGAGAGAAGCGAAUGGCUGCAUGACCGGCUACUAGCGUUUCUACCAAUCGUUUACUCGUCAAUUUAGGAAGAUGAUUCAGCCGCAGCGCGGAGCAGCUCCAACGAUCCGAGAUAGAGACCAGCUUUAUUCGCUGGUUAUUUCGCAACUAUUUUAUGACGGCCAUCAAGACCUAGCGGUACAGCUGGUAGCAGCCGUUAAACUUAGUUCAGCAUGCCCUCCGAGUGACAGGUUACAACAUGUUGUGCGACUCGGACUACAGGCUGAAGCCGAUCAGAAAGGCCAUCAACUUCUCACUGGUUGUGGCCCACAGGAACUGUACUCUCUGGGUCCCGGUCUCGAUUUGGAAUUUGAGACAGAGUCAUCUCUAAUGGUACCUGAGCCUGCCCAGUAUGAAACAAUCUACGUCACAUCACAUAAAGCGCAAUGCCGCGCUGGAGCAUUCAAUGCUGACGGAACCCUUAUCGCCACAGGCUCUGUGGAUGCUUCGAUCAAAGUAUUGGAUGUAGAACGGAUGCUUGUAAAGAGUGCGGCUGCGCCUGGCGAGGGAGCAAACGAUACUAUUCAACAACAGAUGGAGACUCAUCCUGUUAUUCGAACGUUAUACGACCACAUUGAAGAGGUGACAUGCCUCGCGUUUCAUCCCAGGGAGCAGAUUUUGGUAUCCGGGUCCCGUGAUUAUACCAUAAAAAUUUUUGACUAUUCAAAACCAUCGGCUAAGCGAGCCCACAAAACGAUUCAGGAGGCGGAGCACGUACACCAUGUGGCGUUUCAUCCAUCUGGUGACUAUAUGCUUGCGGCCGUCAAUCAUCCUGUUGUUCGUUUAUACGAUAUGAACACAAGCCAAUGUUUCGUAUCAUCCGUUCCCGAUGACCAGCAUACGGCAAUAGUAAAUAUGGUCAGUUGGGCGAAGAACGGCCACAUGUUCGCGUCAUGUUCCGCCGAUGGCGCGAUCAAAGUGUGGGACGGCGUGUCAAAUAAGUGUGUAUGCACAUUUUCUGCAGCCCAUGAAGGCGCUGAGGUUUGUUCGGUGCAGUUUAGUCGUAAUGGGAAAUAUGUGCUGUCAUCAGGAAAGGACUCCUUAGUCAAGCUUUGGGAACUGUCGAUGAGUCGAUGUCUUAUCGCGUACACAGGCGCUGGUGCCACAGGCAAACAGGAUUAUUGUUCACAAACCGUUUUCAAUCACACUGAGGACUAUAUUCUGUUUCCUGAUGAAAAGACACUUUCACUUUGUUCAUGGGAUUCUCGUAACGCUGAAAGACAACAGCUUCUUAGUCUUGGUCAUAACUCCACUGUAAGAUACUUCUGCCACUCUCCGACUAAACCAGCGUUCCUCACAUGCUCCGACGAUUACCGGGCUAGAUAUUGGUUCCGUAGGACCGAUAUCACAAAUAAGUAACGUGUCCUAGAUUGAUUAUCAUCUAGAGAUAAUGCAUUAUGGUUUCUAAUUUCUGAAAUUACUGAACAGCUUUGCUUGUAUACAUGCAUGUUUUGGUCCACGGAAUUCGAAUCGGGUGACAAGAACAACCACUUCUAUUCCAUUGUUAUUAUUUUACAAUGUAUAUACUAUAUAUAGACAUAUUGUGGAUAAUAAAUAUGUUAAAACGGUAAUCACUUACAAUCCACAUUAAUUUUAUCAUACAUCUAUUCACUCUCCUAGUGAACAUAAUGGUAUACAAACAUUUUCUAAAAGUAUUUUACAAGUCGCAGUGAGCGGAUGAUAAGAUACAGCAUGAGCAGCGCUGAUCACGAUGACGUGUUCCGGUAAGGUACUAAAGUUAUAAUGCGAAGCCUUUUUUCAGCCGUACAAUUCGCGCUGAGACGUCCAUUAGUGAGGGUGUAAUAUAAUUUGAAUUAACGCCGGCUAAUUUGAAGUACAAAUAAAUUUCACAGCUAUCAUCGAUCAGGCAAAGUUAUUCGCAGAUGGCUUGUUUCGUUGAUUUCAACUCCUUCUUUGACUUGAAUUGAAAAUGGAAUUUGGAAUAUGCGUAUUAUGUUCGUAAAUCGGGUAGUUUUCUUGUUCUCUCAGGACGUAUGAGGUCAGCAUAUCCCUGUUAGUAGAUAGCAAAAACUAGUUUAUUGAAUGCUGUGUUCCCUCUAAUCAGCAAAUGUCAGAACGGUGCCUUGCAUUAAACAUAAUCUUUAAGAUUAAUUUUUAUAAAUCUAUACAUAUAUAAUUCGAGUCUGAAUCGCGACUUACUGUAUUGUCCAUAAAUUACUAAUUUAAGCAGGCAGAUAAAGUCUCGUCCUCAGACACAGUAACAUACGGAAUCAUAGGUUUGAGAUACAUGGAAAUGCGUAGGAAUGUAUUUAAAAUGCCUCUUGCACGAAUGUGAUAGCAAUAUAUGAUAACGUUUAAAGUGAAGAGAGCUUCCACUGCACCAGUUAUUACAAAACUGGUGCAGUGGAAGUUCUCUUCAAAUGUCAGCCCAAAGCAAUUCAUUCUGUGCUGAGAAGAAAAACGUGCGAUUUGAAUAGGUGCAUCUAAAAGCAAUCCACGUACGAUAUUGCACCGCUAUUUAACAUAUAUUCGUUAAAUUCACAUCUAAGAAUUCCACGUAUUUCCGUUUCUCGUUAACAUAAUUUAAGCCAUUUAAUACCCAUGCUACGGAUAUGUGCGCCCUGACGUGAAAAAUUCAGACUCGCGAUACUUAAAUUGCCAUUCAGAUUCGAGUAUAGAUGAAUGAGAGCUACGCAUGUGAGCGAGCAUAAACGUGUGUAUACAAUGUUUGUUAAUGCGUAAUUUUAUUUUAGUCGGACAAACUGGACAAAGUAUGUUAUUCAUUUUCGCAGUUUCACCAAACCUCUGACCACAGGGAUUGUGGGACCUGUUUUACUGUCUCCAAUAUUGCAAUAAUACGUCAAAGAAUUUCGUCUCUUGUAGAGGAAGACCAAAUUAAAAUGCUGCGGCCACCCGUGUCUCUAUUGCUUUAUUUUGGUGGGAUGCCGACUUACCUGAUGUUUGAAGCAAAGUGUCAGUUUUUAUUUUAGCUAUAUUAUAAUAACACAAGAAGUUACAUUUUUCAAACUAGAGUACACGUUUCGAUUAGAUUUUAUUAGGCUAUCAAGUUUACUUAUUCGAGCUUAUAUGUUAGAUGCAGAUUAGUGUUAAAUCCAGAGAAACAGACCUGAAGAAAACGACCUCAACAACCUCACAAGCACUAAUUCAUGAGCUCAGAUAUAUAUCUGAGCUCUACCACACAAUUAUGUUUAUUUGUUAUAUGUUCAUGAAUUGUUACCUUACUUAUUUACACACAGGCCGGCCACUGGCAUUACUUAAUUCGAGAAGUCGCCUGCUGAGGGCAUUGAAGCCAACAAUAUUUAAGUAGUUCACUUUCGUCGGCAGGGGCAAUAAUUUAUUUUACAUAUUUCCUAAUUUCUUUAAUGAUAGCUUUGAGAUAUCCUUGUUGAUGUGUUGCAAAAUUAUGUAGUAUGCGUCCGAAUACAGAGAAAUAAUAUCUGUGGCAUUGGAACCUCUAGUUCUAUUGAGGAACUUCAACGCAAGUGGACUAGGGAGGAAUAAAAAGUCGGGCGGUUCAUACUAUAUUAUCCUACCGACGACACAACGUCGCGUCAGUAGGUCUUCCUUGUGAAAUCUAAUAAAUUAGACGAGCUGGAUGAAAUUCAUCGCAAACUAGAUAGUAGAAAAUUGGGCAGCCUAUGUACGCUGCCCAAAUUUGGUCGAUCUGUUUUAUGAAAUUUCCAAAACUAGGUUGUAUUAAUUAACGUUAAAAUCAAUGUUUCUGCAAAACCUGACUACGGGUGUCAGCACAAUGUAUCAAUUAAAAUAAGCUUUAGUUCAGUUCACUAAAAAAUAGUAAAACUUUGCUAGUAAUAUCUGUGAAACUACAGUAGCCGAUAGAGUAAAAUGUGCCUUUGCGUCAUCAGCAGCUGAGGUCAAUAUGUAUAAGUUGUCAAAGGAAUCUAAUUUCUUUUGUUGUUAAAAGUUGCCCCAGUUCAGUACUACAGUUUGCUUAUGUAAUAAGCAAUAGCUUGUGUUAAGUUGAGCCUUUUCACGAUUUGUCGUAUCGAAAUAUUUUUUCGUGGGCAUGUUGCAUAGUAUGUGUGUGAAAGUGUUUCUGCCCAACUUUGUUUUCUGCCUAUUCGACACGAAUAGAGGUACUGGUGACAAAAAUAACAACCAAAUCGUAUUAUGAUUUAGAGUUUAGACUAGCUUAUGCGAUAAAGUGUACAUGCAUAUCAAAUGUGACCAAAUAUGAUGUCAAUAAAGAAACAACUGAAAAAAAGUUGUCCAGAAUAAACAACGACCUAGUGCGUUAUAUAUAUAUAUACAUAUAAAAACUAAAUCCACUAGUUCGAUAUUUUGAUGGUUGUGGUAGUAAAUACCAAACAAAUAUUUUUAGUUUACUACCACCACCAAAGUGAAAC